AUUUCACAAAAGCUCAAUAUAAAAGCAAGGCACCAGUCUCGUUAUUUCACGGCGCGGCGAGAGUUUUGCAUUUUUUUAGGAUUUGAAAAGGAUUGAAAACAUGUCUUUCCCUGGAUUUGGGACGUCUUUCGGUGCGCAAAGUGCUACCACCACCAAACCUGCGUUUGGUUUUGGAACAUCAUCGGCACCACAAACGGGUUUUUCAUUUGGCGGGGCCAAGACAACCGCACCGACUUUCUCGUUUGGAACAACGACAACUUCGACCACAACAACAGCACCCACCGGGUUCGGGUUUGGAGGCACGGGUGGGUUUGGGGCCACCUCCACCUCUACCGGGGGGACCGGUUUUGGGUUUGGCACGACAGCCACAACGUCAAGCACGGGACUUGGGUUCGGAACAAGCUUUGGAGGCUUUGGGGCAGCCAAGACCACAGCAUCUUCACUCUUUGGUGGUUUUGGCACAAACACGAGUACCACCAGUUCUGGGUUUGGACUAGGCGGCACAACUGCAUCCACAGGUUUUGGUGGGUUUGGCACUGGUUUAGGUGCUGGGCUGUCUACGGGUUUUGGCGCUCAGCAGCAACAACAACAACAACUGCAGCUGCAACAGCAACAGCAGCAAGGAGUUGGCGCAGACUUGAUGGGCAUAUCCACCGCCUUACUGAUGCCUACCAUCUACGGCGAUGAGAGAGAUGCGAUCAUCGCAAAGUGGAAUCAACUACAGGCGUUCUGGGGCACGGGCAAAGGUUACGUCAAUCAGACAGCCACCGUGCCGUUCACUCCCGAAAAUCCCUUCUGCAGAUUCAAGACAGUCGGUUACAGCGUCAAGCCGUCAUCAAAAGACGAGGACGGCUUGGUCAUUCUACACUUCAAGAAGAAGGAGGAGGAAAUCCGCAGCCUGCAACAGCAGCUGGUGGACGCGCUGUUCAAAAUCCUGGGGAGUAAACCCACACUGUCUGUCUGCGUGGAAGACGUGAAACAGCUGCCCGAUGACAAGACGGAGGUAAUCAUCUACAUCCAGGAGCGGUCACCCACUGGUCUCUCUCGGCGCAUCCCAGCUUCCACCGCCUUCAGUUUCUUCAGUCAGUCCAACAUCAAGGCCCAGCUAGGUAGCCUAGGAGUGGUGGAUAUGGUUCCCAAGCUGGCACUGUCCGAGGCGCAGAUCGACGCCUACUUGAGCACUCCGCCCCUGGGGUAUGAUCCCAGGCUGUGGAGACAGGCUAAGCUCGACAACCCUGAUCCAGAAAAACUGGUACCCGUGCCGAUGGUUGGUUUCCACACACUGAAGAGCAGGCUGGAAAACCAGGAGCAGCAAACCAAACAGCAUCAGGCCAGACUAGACAUGAUCGGUCAAGACACAGAGACCCUCCAACACAAGCAGACCACCAUCCAAGCCAAGAUAGCCGAGUACAAGCGACGUCACCUAGAACUGUCCCACAGGGUGCUUAGAGUCAUGGUCAGGCAGGAGACUCAACGCAAGGCGGGCACGGCCAUACAGACAGAGGAAGAGCAACUCAGGACUAGGCUGGAGGGCUUGCAGGCGGAGGUCAAUGCGCCCACGCAAAUGAAGGGACGGCUGAAUGAAAUGAUGUCCCAGAUCAGAUUGCACAGCCACCUACCGUCGGGCCGGGGAUCGGAGCAGUACACGAUAGCCGCUGAAAUGCAACAAGAAAUCAGACAGCAUUUGAAGCACCAGCAGGAGGGGUUGAGCCACCUCAUAGCCACCAUCAAAGGAGACCUACAGGACCUCAAACUCAUCGAACAGGGCUUGCAGGAAUCAACGUCCCACCGAUGAAAUCAACUUUUGAUUUCUGACGGGUAAGUCACUGGAAAUACGUCGGUUUCAUGGAAAUUGAGGGAUUUUCAACAAGGGAGACCACUCCAAAAAUGUUGUGGCAUUGUGAUGUUACCCCUACCAAGUACAAUUGUGGACCAUAAUGGCAGAUUUGUGACUCAUCUUAUGCCUGUUUGCUGAUGCUAAGCCACAUCUUAGUAAACUGUUUGCGGCUA